AUGGCUCAAUUCCGCCCGUACGAACCAGAGCUUGAAAAACUCUCUUCCCCUGGUUCCAAUAGCCCGUUGACUCCAGGUCCCCGUGGCGGAACCCCCCUCUCGUUCCAAACAAAUGUCAAUCGGGCAAAAACACGACGUUGGGUAGAAGCGAAAAAGGUUUCAUACGAUGGUGACGAUUGGGGAGACGAUGAAUAUGACGAAUACGACGUUAAGGAGCAGGAGCCUGCUCCUCCAUUGAUGCAUCUGAAUCCGAGAACAAACACCUCGCCUGCCAUGAUGGAUCGUUCACGAUCAAUGGAUAAUGUCGCUACGCUUGGACCUGACGGAUGGAAGGGAGCUCGCAGCAUAUCCGCGGAUGGCACAACAGCAGCAGAACUUCCCAUGGCGAAUAAGGGUCCCCAAGGACCCCCGGGCUCCAGUCGGGUUCCGAUUGUACGUCCAGCCAAUAUUUAUCAACGGAUGCGAGAUGAGAGAGCAGAACGACGACAUUCCCGAACUGAUACUUCUAUGCCUGGUCCUCCGAACGAGUAUUUCCCAAUUGUGGGUCGAUCCAGCACUGAUCCCGUCUCUCAGAACUUACCGGGAGAUGAAACUGCGGCUGCGGCUGGGAGCGAUCAUCAUGAACUCCACAUGUCCCGGGAACCUGUGGCGAAGGCAGAUAAUGAGGAGGAACCCCAGGACUCGACCACUUCUACAACUACGCAAAACACCCCGGUUAUCAAAUUGCCAGAAGUUGACCGAGUGUCUGGCUUUGGCACAGACUUCUUAGCGUCGAGCCCCGAUAAUCAGACUAGCCAGAGCCCCGAGUCCCAGAAACCUCAGUUGCAACAUAACCCUUCGCUCGGCUUUCGCUCAGCAGUCCAUCAGGCUUUCGAUGUUCCAGAGACUCCUAGCUCUGCCGUGGACAGUGUUGUGCGGUCGAAUAGUGACAGCACAUCUGGGGUCAGCCCAAUAAUAGCAAACCGCGGUUUUAACGAAGAGAAAACCCCCACGAUUACAGAAGAGCCUGAGGCCGCAACUCCCCCGACCUCAGAACGGAAUAGCAUCGUGUUCAAGCCUGGUCAUCGCCGAGACUUGAGCCUUCCCAGCCCAGGUAACAGCCCUUCGAGAAAACCUAUAGUCACCAGCGAGCAAACCCCUCCAUCCGCAUUGGCACAGGUGUCUUCGGUGGACCCGUCAGAUAUUCAUUCGUCCGAGCAAAUACCCCCAAAUAUGCCCACAAAAGACAUACCACCGCUCAGGGUCAGCAGCCCAGUGACGGGUGGGAAUGCAUCUAGCGAACUUCCAGUACUUAUCCCCUCGAUGAGCACCGACAACUCACCCCAGGACACCGAAAGUGACCGGUUGAGAAAGGAGAUCAUCCGAUCCUUGAGCCGCGAGAAUACCCCAUCCGAUGAACCAGAACCGGAUGGGUCACGACCACAGACUCGUCGAGAAGACAGUCUCAUUCCUAGUGAAUACGAACGCUACUGGAAUGAAGAGGCAAGCCUCAGCCCUAAUGACCAGCCGAGGCCCUCAAUCCCCGAAUACAAUCCUCAGCCACCUUCGCGGGGCUUAUAUUCUAGCGACUCGCAUGUUUCUUCUCCUCUAGCAACAGGGCAGGACUCGCGACCUAAAUUGAAGAAGCGGUUUUCAUGGGAGUCGUCGACUUCUUCAUCUGACGAACCUACGCCUACAGCGGGAUUGGACUUAUUACAAAGUACAACAUCGCUUGGGCCGAGUCCUCUUCCUGACAACAGUACAUCUCAGUUGGGUACAGAGACAGAGACCGGUGAUGUUCCAAAGGCACCUACAGGGGCGGAACAAGGGGAAGUAGAGAAGCCCGAAAAGCCUAAACUUACCAUCAUCCCCCCGUCUACCGGGGAUAACAACAGCAUCAUUUCAGGCCAACAUCUCCCUGAAGUCUACAAUGGCCAACCUGUGCGCGGUCCCGAAGGUGGCAACUCCCCGUCAAAUAUCCAGCACGCUCCAUCUCCUGUACGCGCGCUCCCAGGCCCUCCCGGGCAGACUCUGUUGGGCUUCCGCGACAUCCUCGGAAUUAAGUCCUCUGAUGAGCGAGUAAAGGCUUUCAAUCGAACCAGAGACCAAUUUGGAAAGAUUGAUACUGGUCUAAACAACUGGAUUCAAGUGACCGUUCAUGAUCACCCUGAGCAUAUGGAUCUUGUUGAGAAGAGCCAGAAAGGUGGAGCUGGUGGCCCCAGAUUGGCAGUAACCAAAAGCAAAUUCCCCAAGCUGCCAUCUCUUGGCAACUUUGGUACAUCGCAUCAAGAAGGCUCUCCCACUGGUCACGGCCAUGUCCGACGAUCUUCGGCUCCUCUUGGUGCUAUGAUGCACAAGCAACAAGUGGAACAGCGAGGUAAAGACCUUUUGCACACUGCAGGAGUCCUCGGCGGCAAGGCAGGCGAAGCAGCCAAGGGAUUCUUUGCUAGAGGCCGAAGUAAGCUCAAAGCUGGAGGGAACGACAAGGAUUCUGAAUCGACGCAUAGUCGCUACAAAAACUUGCCCUCUAUAUUUCCCAGCAGGGAGACUCGCGGUCGAUCCUCAGAGCGACCAUCUGGUUACUUUGGAAGUUUGCCCGUGAGGAUGAAAAACUCGCGGAAUGUCGACACGCCCACUCGAUUCAGUCUGGAUUCAAACCGAAAAAUGCCAGGUGCGCCUGAGCACCUUGCACCCGGGCAUCGAGGCUCCAUUCGCAACUCGAAAGCCACAAGUGCAGAUGAUGUUACACAGUGGCGGGCCAUUGACAGAAAAGGCAAGGCUGUGGACAAGAUGCAUCGACAGCCGUCCUUAUCUACGGACGCAAUCCCACACUUCAGCAGGAUGCCAGAAGGAAGUCAAGAGCAACAAGCACAUAUGGAUCGUGGCAGUUACGCGCUAGAUUUGGAGCGAGAGAUUGUCAAGGCCCUGCGCCUCGAUGAGGAAGACCCAAGUGAGCUGCGAAAGCCUGCAAGUCUCGCAUCUCUUCGUCCAACAUCUGCACUCCAGGGGCCUGGAAACCCGGCAAAUGCAUCGAGAUUGCCAAUUGAUAAUGCACGAAGUACUGUAUCCACUGCAGAUGCUUCUUCGCAUAAAUCUGACAGAUUCGUGGCGACACAAAACGAUGGAACGGCGCACGUUGAACACCAAAACUCGCGAUUGACCGAUUCGACUCUUCGAGCCCUAGAAUCAGGUACCAAUUCCAAAUCUGUUUCAGGAGGACAGCGUCAGAUUUUGGAGCAUCAGCAUUUGGAUUUUCCAGGACCUGCCGAUCAGGCUGAUUCAAGCAGCACAGCCUUAUGCGGCGCGACGGGGCUGAAAACCACGAAUCCCAUUCGCUUAACCCUCAACGACGGAGCACCGCUAAUGACCCCAGUCGAAGAAGCAAGUGAGCAGAGUCCAGGAUCAAUUCAUGGGGCCUGCAACCUCACGAACGCUUCUAAAUGCGGUGAUUGCAGAGCCGAGCAGGCACCGAGUAUCAGGUCGCACCGUUCGCCAGGAACCACCACCGAAGAACAAGUCCACGAUGCCCCAGUAGUCUCUAACAAGUCGAGUCAUUCAGCAAUGCGGCCAUUCAACGAAUCGACACAGUCAUCUGCCCGAGAUGCUAAUCUCCCCAAGGCCCGUGAUUUUCAAACGGACAACAUUGCCGGAUCACCGUACGCGCCCUUGGGAGAACAGAGCCACCAUCGACAGGGCUCUGGUGCCCCACUCCAACUACACCAGAUGCCAUCGGUCUCAUCAUUGGGGGCGCAAGAUGGUAGUAUAGGGCGGCAGUACUAUCAGAAUUUAAACCUUGCAUGGGGGCUUGGCGAACGAAACUAUUCGGCAGUAUCGCUGCCAUCAGACUAUAAUAGCGAAGGUCAUUAUCGUUCCCUCAGUGAUCCACCAAGGUCGAUGGAUGGUGCCCUUGCGCCUGGCCAUGGUGGAGCAUCAGUCAGUGAGCCCGGAUCAGUACAUGGCCGUCAAAGCCCAUUGCGAAACGAAGCCGGCAACUCAACCGGCACGAGAAGCAGUUUUCACGAUAUCCUGAGUCAACCCAACUCUGACAGCGUCGAUAGCACUAAGGUCAACCCAGCCACGUCAGGCCAUGAUUUGAGCGACGCGGCGGCGUGGGGGCCGUUCGAGCAGGGAUACUCGGCGCAUAAGAGGGCGUCAGCAAUGAGGAAGCUAAGGAUGGUCGGAAAACUGCCUCAGCUGUCGCGGGCUGUGCCUCACAGGCGGGCCUUUAGCCGGUUCAGCGGACUCUUUGGUCGUACAAAUAAUGCCCAGAUCCCAACCAACCCGCCCCAGCCCCGCGUCUUUGACCUCCAACACCAACACCAACAAUCCUCGGCGUCAGCCCUGACGCUGCAAACCGAUAGGCCCCGAUCGCGUGAGAAUCGUUCCUCCGAGCAUCUCCCUUCAUUCCGCGGAUUGCCUCCACCGCCGCAAGGCUACUACGCUCCUGAAUCCUACGACGCCUUUAUCGGCGGCCAUAAGUUGACGGGCCAGCGCCAAAAGAUCAUCACUGCCAGCAACAGCAGCAUCCCCGAAAACUCUCCAAAUACAAAUAUCAAUAACACUCAAAACGACACCAUGUCCUCCCGUCUCUACUCCUACCAACCAACCCCCUCCCAACCCAUCAUCCCCUAUCGAUAUUCCGCCUCCUCCCUCCCGCACACUCCACCCUCUCGUCGAGAAAGUGAAACCUCCCGCGGUCGCUCCAGCGGCCGGACCUACGCCCAGGAUCUCCACCUCCGCUCCCGAAGCCCAAAGAACUUUCCCCCUUCCCCAGAGGAAAAAACAAUGUCCAGCACCGACCUCUCAGACCCUGCAUACCAUCUCGGCAUCUUCCGCUCAAAUCCUCGCACAAGUCGUCUCGGCGAUCAGGAAUUACCCUGGAAGAUAACUAUCCCCGGCGAGGCGGAGGAGCGCGCGGCGGCCUCCUCGUCUCGUUACGGUGGUGUGGGUGGUGACUACCAGUAUGGUCUGGACAUGUCGCGACCGCACCGAGGAUCCGCGCCCGCGAUGCCCAUGCCUCUUGUCACUGAGGAUGUGGUGAGCAGUAGUAACCACCCUCAUCGGGGCCAGGGACGAGCGAUUAAUUCCGUCCGAUCGCCUGUUGAGUUACCGGCGGACGACUCGAGCGAAGAGAUUGUCAUGUCCAGCACUGCGUAUCCCGGUCAGGAAUGGAGGCCGCUGGGCUUGUCCGAAUGGCAAUAUUAG